AUGGCGGCCGACAGUAAAGCUGAAGAUCGUAUGAACCUUGCAGCUUUACAGCAGUGUGAUCCACACAUCACAAACAUCGUACAGACGGCUAGUCAGGUAGCUCUGUACACGUUCAAUGCAGAGGGAAAUGAAUGGGAGAAGACGGAUAUUGAAGGCAGCCUGUUUGUGUAUGCCAGAUCUGCCUCUCCGUACAAUGGCUUCAUGAUCAUGAACCGCCUGAGUAUGAACAACCUGACGGAACCCAUCACCAAGGAGCUGGAGUUCCAACUACAGGAUCCAUUCCUACUCUACAAGACAGCACAGUCCAUAUACGGACUGUGGUUCUAUGACAAGACAGAGUGUCAGCAAGUUGCCAGGCUCAUGGAAAGUUUCGUCCAUAAGGCCAAGAAGCGUGCCAAGGGUUUGACCCAUCGUAGCCGUAGUGUCUCAGAGAGCGGUGCAGGGCCUUCUUCCAUUGGUCAGCCUGCGGAGGAAGUUGACAUCAUGCAGAUGCUAUCCAGAGCUCAGCGGGAUUAUAAGAACCAGAAAGGGGAGGCAGACUCAGACUGGAAAUCCAACAGUCCCCCAAACAUCACUGCAGGGUCCCCCACUGUGGUUCGUCCAGUCCCUGUCAAAGCAGAAGAUGGGGGACCCGAACAGAAUGCCAAGCAGACUGGGAAACCAUCGACCAACAAGGUCGUGGGUCAGAUGUCGCAGGGUCCUGCCACCCAUCCGGGCUUCCAACGCUCGACUUCCAUGCAGGCAGACCUGGGAUAUUUGGCCGCCAAUGCGGCGGCCGGCAGACAACCCUCCACCAGUCAGGGGAAUGACAUCCUGCAGAAGCUCUUGGCUCACCCAGGAGGCGAGACGGGGCACCCGCAUCGACCAGACCCUCCUGUUAGCCACCGGCAGAUAGAGACUGUCGAGAGUCUCGAGAGGAGACAAAGCCAAAAACAGGCCCUUGAGGGGAAGACUACAGAUCAAGCAUUGAGUCAAGGUUCAAAAGUUAGGACAGUGGAAAGCAUUGAAAAGCAGCAUGUCAAUGUGGAUUCAACUGACUCUACUGAGAGAGCUGAGGGGUUUCCCAUCCAGGACCUCUUAGCGAAACUUAAUAUAGCCCAGCAGAACAAGCUGCCUGGGAAGCUAGAUGCAACUGAGCACUGUACUAUCAUUACCCAACCAGUGUCCCAAGGUGGUCUCAUAGAGCUGCCUGAACUAGUCCCUGGGGACAGGCUUGCCCCAGCAGCCGGCCACACGUCGGGUGUGUUUAGGACGAGCCAGGAGGAGGUCAAAGGUCAAUCGGACUCAGAUAUCAGCCAGAAGCUGCUGACGAAUCUCACAGCCCGGGCCAUGAUGCAGACCUCACCGGGCACCGCACCCGUGCAUCUCAUCCAGCCAUCUGCCAUCCGCCCAAAUGUACCCAUCAGGCCUGCGGGCAGUGAGGGACCACUGAAACUUCCUGGUGAUCAGCAUGUACCAUCGUUACAACAGCUUGCCUCUGGGAGGCGGGCGCAGGGCCCUGCAUCCACUCAGACAGCGACCAAUGGCGUAACUACGGGUGUUCCGACAUCUCCCCAGAGGAUACCGGGCUCGCUGCAUCCACCCACCUUGCUGACUCCCCAGGCCUUCCGGAAGAGAUCGGCCAGUGAGACAGUCCAAGUGGCCCAUCCCUCCCCGCUUUUCCCCUCCACUGCAGAUGGUGUAGCGGUCCGGCCCAGACUCUCAGCCAGUCAGCAUUCCCAAGGGCCCUCCGGGGUCCAAGCUGUCAGUGCCAGUCGGCACAGUCCACUGUUGAACAAGGUUGACAUGGAUGGCUGGGUGAAUACCACAGGGGCACUCAAUAGGGAGCAAUUCAAGCAAGCUUUUGUACAUUUAUUGCAGAACGACAGCCAUUUCCUGAGCAGCUUACACAGUGCUUACCUGGAAUCAUUCGAGUUAACCGGCGGACCCCCCAGACCAUAACACAUUGGAUGUCGCCAACUACAUGAUAGAAAGCCAUCACUGCCACAUCAUGUACAUGCUACACGGAUGCCGUCGUGAGUCAGCUAUUUUUUCAUACAAAGCGUGAGGACAUAUUAAACUUCGCCAGAGUAAAGGUGUAAACAUUUUGUUACAAUUCCAACAUACAGACAUUGGAAAUUGUAAAGGAAUACCAUGUCUGAAAUGGUCCAUGUUUUAAGAUAUUGUGCAUUUACUUUUAAAGUACAUAUUAAAAAAAAUGAAAAGUACAAUAAAAAAAAUCAUAUUUCUUUGCCUUUACCAAAUAGAUCUAUCAAUAUGUAAAACACAUAUAUUCUACUUGUUGACUUGAUUUACCUGUAUUUAAGCCACCAACACCAUUCAUUUCAAAUCAAAAUGACUCACAUGUAAUGGUUCAAAUUUUCCGGCACUUUCUCAUACUGAUUACAGCAUCCUCUUUCGGCACCUCGGAAGCAAAAUCAUUCAAAAAAAAAAAGUACGUACAACAUUUGACCAAGUAGAUACAUAUUAUUGUCCAACAUGUUGUGCAGACAGUAGCAAUGCUGUUCCGAUAUUUUUACAAAGUAACAGCGCUGUCUCUCGACCAACACGUAGUGUCCAAGUCUUCAGUAAAACAAACAGUAAUUAACCAUGUAUGUGAUUAAGUGUUCUCUGGAAUCAGGCAGAGCCGGUUAUUUGGGCUCUGCAUUUGUUGUUUCUAUUUUAAGUCCCUUUUAUCUUGUGAAAAAAAAAGCACAGAUAUUUUUUCUUUGAAAAAAAGUGUACCAAAAAAAUGUAAAAAUUUGAAUCCGAAGGAGAUUUUUUGAUUUAAAUUCUAUUUGCCUUGUAAGUGAGAUGAAGUUUGCGCAAAGCAUGUUUUUUUACUUUAAAUUAUAGAAAGUUAUUACCCAACUGAAGAGGCAAUAUGAUGUUGCUUACGUACUUAGGAGUAAUUUGACUUGAAUUUAAAGUUGGAUUUGUGGUUUUUGUCUGUUUGUACCAUCACGAAUGGUAUGCUUCGGGCUCUUCCAGGGGUAGAAAUCCACUGAGGAAUGUGCCCUCAAAGCUUAAGUUCUGUUUGUGAUUUUGUUGGUUCUUUUGUUAUUAAUGUCUGGAAAUAGUGGGAGACAAGUUAAAGUAGAUUUGUGUUGAAUAUCUGCUGUAAUGCAACAUGUUUAAGGUACUGUAGAAUUUUUCAUUUACAACUGCAUGAAGAUGUAGUUGUGACAGCUAGGAUUGAGGGCGCUCUUUAUAACAGGGAUGUAAGGAAACGUUGCACGCAUCUUUGUAAGGUGGAGAUGACAAUCUGAAAACUUUUUAAUUUUUUUGUCCAUUUGGGCGUUCCCCCCUACAUUCUCAUAGCAUAGUGUGUAUUUGUUUAUAUCUUUAUUUUAGGGUUUAUUAAUUAGGGGGUUAGUGUGAGAUAGAGUUGUGUUUUUGUUGCAUACUUUACGGGGAAUUCAUUUUGGGGGAUUUUUAGGGGUGGGGAGUUAUGCGUGGGGAAGGGGAGUUCAAGAUGGUAAGGCAGGGUGUCUCAGUUUCUUGUGAUGAAAUUCCUGAUGUUCCUUCUUCUAUGUUUCUGGGAUAAAUGUCAUGCAAUUAAUCAAGAGGCUCAAUACCGUGUCUGUGAAGUACCAUGUAUAAAAGAUGAAAAAUGGUACAAGCAGUUCGACUGGUUUUUUGCAAAUGCCCUAUUUUGUAGUUAAGUUUUGAGACUAUGUUCUUAAGGAAUGAUUGCUUUUUGACUGAUUUUUCUUGGGGGGGAUGUAGAUUUUGAGGAGGGAAAUUAGAGAGUGGAGUUUUCAAGGCUAUCCCUUUGGCCAUUUUCCGGGUAGCCUUGUGUAAGAAAACAAUUGCAAUGUGAAUGUUUGGCUUUUAUUAACAGACUCCACUUCCAACAAGUUUUAUCCAGCAAGGGACUAAUUUCUCAAAUUUCUUUUUUUUUGUGUGGGGGGGCUGGGUUUUAUAAAGCAAUUAACAUUGAUACACACUGGAAGGUCUUUUUUAAACCUAACAGUCCUCAAUCCUUUGGUGAAGGUGAAAGAUUGAGGACGGUUAUGGUUUAUGAAUCAAGUAUCCAGUUUAGUGUAAGUCGCGAAAAUGGCAACCAAUUACAUAACCACUGUGACUGUUAGCAACCAGACAAUGUUAAAAAUGAUCUGACACUAGAAGGAUUGUGAACAGCCGUCCGGCCCUAGCACUAACAGUGGUACUGCUGCUAUAGAGAGGCUUUCACUGGAUGCCAUGAUGGAGGGCAGGCCAGUACUCCAGUAUGGCUUCCUGUGGCAGUACUCUGUACAUAUAGAAGUAUAUGUAUGUCAUUAAGCAAGCAAAUCUGGAAUAUCGGGAAACUAGUUCACAGGAAAGGCAGAGAAAGAACCAGUAAUUUUACAGAGUGCCAAGUUUGGUUUCAUUCCUUAUUAGAGAUGGCACCAGUCCAUUUUAUAUUAACUCCAUUAAAUACAACUUCAUGUUGCAUGCUUUGUUUUUACAAAUCUUGGCUUUUGACAUCAGUUUCAUGACAAUUUACAUAACAAUUGUCAAUAUUUUCGUUACCGGUAAUGUUUUGCUUGCUUGGUGACAUUAGAAGAUAUUUAUUGAUGAGCAUGUUACUAUGGUAACAAAAUGGCAGAUAUGUGUGCAAAGUGGGCCAGAACUGAACUGUGUCCACCAGAUAAGAGAAAACCCAAGACACAAAUAAUUGCCAGUUUGUCACUAUGGGUAUCUUUUUUUUUUCAAGAACUUUUCCCAAUUACACAAGAUUUCCCACUCGGAAGUUGGUAGACCUACCAGUACAAAACUACUUGUCAAAAGAAAUGGACAAAAAAGCAAUGACCUACCGGUGAAAAUUUCCCACUUUUGUGAGGAUUUUUGAGUUAAUCCAACUUUACAUCUGGCAGUUCCCAACUUUGAGUGUGAGAUAUUUCUGGGAAAGUUUGUUGACUUCCUUAAAUCCUCCUAGAUCCAGGAUGUGAUUUUGCUGUGCAUGAUUUUGAUAGAAUCGGCACGACAGUCCCAUGACACCAUGGCCUUUUCCCUGAGCUUUUUCCAAGUGUUGUUCAGAGAAGGAGUAUGUAUUCUGCACAGUCUUCGAUCGUGGAGGAUUUCUGGAAGUUUAGCCACAAAAUAUUCCCCAUGGACUUGGGGUAAAUGACUGUAAAUUUCAUGGAAGUCUUUACUGGGCUGGUGUCUCUGAGUGAAUUGCUUCAUUGCCUGUUAAUUGCAGGUGCAUGAGAAGGGAAACUGCUUUGGAUUGAAGUAUGCCAUUGUCUGUUGACGGAAACAGUCGCGCGCUAAAAUUGCAUGUGGUCAUCAUCCAUCAUUCCUUUUGUGUGUGUGUGAGCCAAGCUUACAUAUUUUAUAAUUAUAAGUUUGAGAAGCACUGUGCCCUGUUUGAAUAUAAGGUUUUGUUCUACCCCGAAUGAUUUAUUGAAUGAAUCGCCAAUCAGAAAAGAUUUUCAUGAAAUUUCAUUUACAGUUAAGGUCUGUCAACAGAGGGCAAUGUUGCUGAAGUUGCCAGUAACGAGUGAGUUCGUUUGAGAACUGUUGGCAGAGCAGUGGUUGGUUUGGGCUGUAAAAUGCAACCUGUAUGCUGACAAAGAAGUCCAGUUGUGGAUGAAAUGUCUUCAGAAAACUUGCCAGCCCUGGCUCCCCUGCCAUGUUUCAUUGUACUACGAGGCUGUUGGUAACCAGCAGUGGAGCCAACCUCAUUCGGACAGCAGCAAAUUAGACUUGUACAACCAGUGUUGGCUGGCCUGUAAUUGAUAGCAAAUGGCACAUUUUCAGAAAAUUCAUAAAUUAUUAUGAGACGUCAUUGCCCUCCACAAAUAGCUCUAGCAAUGAGGUGGCCACCCACAUUCAAGUGUGAUCGAUUGCCUCGGUCAUCUUUUAUCCAGUGAUAAACUGCCGGAGAAAUCAAUCAACCAAGUUUCAGUGGGUGGGAGUAGCAUAUAAAACCGACCUUUUUGGGCUUGUUGAACGGCCACUGCAGCCUUUAACCUGUUCUGUCCCAAGUUUUGUUGCCCUCUGUUGGCUGUGACCCGUUGUUGUUGCUGAUAACACCAUAGCAACUGCUUCAGAGUGUCUUUGAAUAGACGGAAGGAGUGAGUGUGUGAGAUUCCAAAUGAAGCUGGUUUUGAAAUGGGGGAGAUUGAGAAAAUUGGCCAGUACAAAGCUGUAAAGGACUGAAAGUUACAGCAUUGGUAAUGGCUGUGCGUGAUGAAAGAAAUUCGUUUUCUCAGAUAUGGCUGGCCCAAUAGUGCAUUUGGAGGUGGCUGUAAUGUCACUCAAUCUCUUGUUUCUAUUUACAAUAGGAAAAAGUGAUUUUUACCUUUCUCAGGGGCAGACCAAGAUGGCUUUAAGUAUCAGGCACUGGGAACAAAAAAAAGGGAAAUAAAUGCACAUAAUUCCGGUUACGAGCUUCUGGCAGUUGAAUAUGCUAGCUGCUGAUAGAUUUCUCAACAAAAGCUGGUUCUGUGAGCCGACUCAGGACUUCAGACAUUGCAGUUCUGAUGUACAGUGACACUGAGCCCAAAGCUGUCCAUGCUUGGACAGAGUUUCUACCCCCAAAGCCAUCUUGGAUGCCGCUGCCGAGUUGGAGUCGACGCAGAGUUUUUGUUGGUCAGUAGUUGGCAGGAAAACACUCAGAGCUGGUGAAGGGUAGGGCCAAUUCUGAAAACUCAACCCCGUCUCCUUUGGUUUCACUUGACCAGAGGUCCCCGAUUUGACAUGUAGAGAUUCCAACCUCAGUAUGACUCUAAUGUGCCGCUGCAGGACAUGGGCAUGGCAGUGGGUGGGCGGGGAAGAGAGUGUUUGUCCUCCCUCCCCUCCUCCCCCCCAAAAAGGAAAAAGGAAACAGAGCGAAAGAAAUCAAAAGUAAUGAAAGGGGAUAAAAAUCACUAAUUUGCUUGGAGAAAGUCAGAAUUGGUCCGCUUUCACUGUUAAUGGUUCUUUCUUUGCUGAUGAAAAUGACUUCUGGGCUGAUGUCACAUGACAUUUGUCAGCCAGAGAGAAUUGGUACAAGAACAGUCGUGUUUCCUGCCAACUUUAAAUUGUGAAGUUCCUUUUUUAUUUUAUUUAUGUUUAUUUGUAUUUGUUAUAUUUACUUCUUUUAUCGUAAGGAAUGCCCUCAAAUUGAUUUUGGGAAGUUAAUCGAAGUUUGUUGUUUGAUUCACCAUUAAGGUUUUUUGUGAAUUUUGAAAUUCUGCUUAAUAUGCAUGUUAAGUUUGCCGUUUUUGUCGGGGGGGGGGUGUUCCUUUGUUCUCUCUUUGUCUCUUUCAUUCUGAGGUCCUUUUUCAUUUAAAAAGGCGAAGUUUCUCAGUGUGAAAUGUGAUAUGUAUUCAGUGGUCAAUUUAGAUCGGCAAAAAUACCUCCAAGGUGAAGCUUGGGAGAAAAAUUGUUUGCAAACGUUUUGAUUGUUGACUGUUUGAGGUGUUAUUGGAGACUCGCAAAAAUUUAGCAAGUGGCUGUUCCAGUUCCCAUGACUGUAGCGCCCAAAACUAUGUUAUCUGGUCGAUUUGUUAGAGAAGUAUUUGAUAGCCGUAGUAAAUUGACCCCAUAGAAACCUGUGUGAUAGCAGAGGGAAAUGUGUUUGAUAUCUUGUGAAAGUUGGAUUUUUCUGGGGCAUGAUAUCAUUGAUGACAGAAUUGGGACCUUCAAAAAAAGGGGGGGUGUACAAUGUAGAGGUAUCCUGAUGCCUAAGACACAGUCAAUUGUGUUUGUCCUGAUUUUUUGUUUGUGUGUGUGUGUGUUUGUUUUCUUCGUUUACUUUGCAUUUGCUCUGUUCUUUUUGUUUUACCCUUAUAUUUUAAACAUUGUAUCUUGGGUAUAAUUUUCAUGGCAGUCAGAUCAAUUGUGAGAGUCAAAUUGAUGCUUGUUUUCAAGGCUUGGGAUUGAGGUUUGUGUGUCUUUAUGACUUGUGUUUUUUUUCCUUAUUGCUUCUUCCAUUCUCUAUGUUAAUGUAUUUUGGAUUAUUGGAGUCUUCUUUGUUAAAAUUUUAGUGAUGUUUUAUAUCUGCGAUAUCGGCUAUGUAAUAUAGGGUAGGCAAGCAUUUACACUUAUCAACAAGCUCUUUGCUAUUUUAUAUUAUAAGGAAAUAAGAACAUGGGGUACAGUAAAGUUAUUUAAUUGAAUUUUAAUAGAAAUUGAAUUUUAAUCGAAAUUCAAGACCUGUCCACUGCAAAUUGUUAAACACCAAAUCCCCCCCAUGCAUGAGGAAUGUGGCGAUCUCAAAUUCAUUCCAUUCAUCACUCCAUGUUUGAUACCAGAACAGUGUCCUGCAGAAAGAGCGAUUGGUGUCAUGCUGACUUAAACCCUUUUUUCAUCACAGAUUUCACAUUAAACUUCCAGUUGCAUGAAUCAGUUUUUUUAGAAGUUGCAAAAGGAAUACAGAAGGCAAUGACAUGACUCAGACUAGAAUUUACUCAGCUGAAAUUAGUGCCCGCUUUUCUUCAGACAGAUCUUGAAUAGGAAAUCUUGGAGUAAUGCUGUAUUAUUUUUUCACCUGUUUUCUUUCUACAAGUUGGGUAAUUGCAGAGUAACUGGGAUACUAGGUUAUCUGCUGCUGGUAUCUAUCCCUUACUUGGGUCAUUACCAAGAGUCGGGGCGCUUGUGAAAUGGAAUCGAAGUUCAGUACCCUGUGAUAUUUCUAACCCUCAGUGUUGUCUGUGGUAACUUGUCCACAGUGGCAUGAAUUUGUGGCAGAAAUGGAUGGGGGGGGUUUGAGUUACCCGGAAACGAACAGUUGAAGGGGGGAACACCUCUGCAAGAGAAACCUCUGAAAACAGAGCCAAAGUCGAGGUUUGGGGAAAGGUCCCAGAUAAGGGCCAACAUCUCGAAGCUUUGAUGUAAAUAUGCUCAUCCCAGAUAUGGUUUCCUGAGAGUUAAAACACAUUUCUAGCCAAAAUGUCACCCCUUGGGACUCGCAUUACGUUAUUGGCUGAGUUUUUGCUCAUCCAAACAAAUUUUACAAGCAGUAGCUUCUCGUUAAGCUUCAUGGCGUCAGGCCCUGUAGCUGUACACAUGCGUAUUUUAGACAGUUUUUAGACGAGAGGUUUUGCCAAUUUUGAACUGAAAUUUGUCCGGACGGAAGUUUUAAGAUAGUGAUCCGAGUAGAUGAUGAUUUUUAAAAACCGUGGUGUAGUCUAGUAGUUGCACAGGGUAGCUAAGUAUGAGGAAGGGGGAGUGAUUCUUCCUUUGCAAAUAUGAUAAGCGAUGAAAGCAGAAUGCUGGGAGUCAGCACCAAGGGGUGAAGAGGGAUAAAGGAUCUUGGAACUAAUAAGCAUGUAAAUGUUGCAGUAGGGCUGAGUGUCUUGGGUUUGGAGGAAUGCAUGUGCAUGUACACAACUCCAGGCGCACAACUUGUGCAUACUCGGGAACACUGGCAUCAUGACCUAAAUUUGGCAUUGUCGUUUCAAAGUAAAUGAGUAGGUUGGUGUAGCCGAACGGGAGUUUCUCUGAAACCGCUGUGUUGAAGUGACAAGAGCUUUUAAAAAUGGUUCCUGCUGUUAAAAUUAAUGAAAGUUAAGGAGAAAAAAGGAGGGGAAGUAAUCUGGAGACUGAGGAAGAUUGGAAUUAGACUUAAUAACGUCAUAAUGUCAUGCUUUGUUUACAUGUGUACUUUCCUUUCAGUGAGAUAGGAUGCGAUCCAUCAAGCUCCCAUUAGAAAGUGCCCAUGUGAACAAAAAGUGAUGGCAAUAUGUUUCAAAUCUAUUGGACCAUGUAAUAGGUGGCGGGUAUUGAAAUUAAAAACUGGUAUUAACCUUAGAACUUAGUAAUUAACAUAUUUGAUGAUCUUUCAAAUAGCUUUUUGAUCGUUUGUGAGACACAGGGGGCAGUCUUUGGGGGAAGAGCAACAUUAACCAAAAAAUGUGUUUUAUCAGGUUGAUUAUUCAUUAACGUCCUCCAAAAAUUUGAAAAAUGUGACGCUGGUUUAUAUUCUCUGGUUGAUCGAGAUCCAGGCCAGAUAAGUUUUUUGUUUUGUUUUCUGGGUUUUUUAUGUUGUUAUGGAGGCAGUUUUCAGAAUCCAUUUUGAAUCAUUGCCAAGCCAUGCAGCGCAAACAUGUCGGAAUGCAGUUCAAAUGCAGUCAACAUUUUCUGGUGGUUCUUUGGUCGUGCGAGAUCAAAACUGUGAGCAUGCAUGGAGCACGUACUUACAAAAGUGAGAAAUUUCUUGCAAAAGAAUCUGGACUUUGUUGGAGCCCAAAUGGUUUGGGCUGCUGGGAAAGUUUAAUUGUAAUGUAAAGAAGAAAGUUCAGAAAUACUGUUGUGAAACUCUUGGAGUCAUUUUGGGUUGCUUCAUAAAAUAAUCAGUGAGUAGUUUUAAAAGCGUAGGUAUAAGGACCAAAAGUUACUUAAGUAGAGAUAUGCAUGUACAUGUAUGUAGACAUACCGCAAAAGUGACUUGAGAAUGUGAACAACGUUAAUGGUCUUUAUGGAUUCAUAUUGUUGACUGGUCUGUUCCUAAUGGGAGUGGUACACACAUGCAGUGCAGUGUGAUACCAGUUGCAUUGAAAAGUAACCACAGAUUGCCCCUGUUGGUUUUAUGUCAUAGGAAAUCAGUCAACAUCUGGGCAUGUAACUUCAUUUCUGAAAUUAUCUCCACUGUGUUAGCGGUGCGAAGGAAUAUGAUGAUUUUAAAGAAUUUUACACGAUCCAAAGAAGUGUUAGGCGCUGCCAAACCUUCAGCCUCUCCAAAGGAAUAAACAACCAUUAUUUUAUCAUUGCCUCUGUGAUGAUUUAAGUAGUUUAAUAAUUGUGCAAUUGAUGGUGCAAAAAGUGCUGUUUUUAGAUUUUCUUUUUAAAUUGUAAUCUUGUAGUUUAUGGUUGUAAAGUUACCCAGUAUAUGUAGACAUUCCAUGAAUCGAUUAGUCAGAAGUUCAUCAACAGUUUCAAUAUUAAUUACGAGUACCAACACUAACAUAACCAUGUAGUUUAACUCAUCUAAAUAGACUUUUUCCAUAGUUUAGAGACCGAACUUUAAAAAUGGACAAUUUCAAAUAAUUUUGGGUACUGCUUCUUAAUUCACCUUCAGUGAAUUUCUGAAAUUUAAAAAAAAAACAAAAACAAACUUGGUUGAAUAAGAAUGUCUAGGUUGCUAGGCAUUGUGGAAUGAAACUGUGAUAUAGCAUCCAGUAAGUGUAUUACCGACAGUUGAGGUUAAAGUGGUUCACUCUUGUGCUGAACUUUCAACAUGCCCGUUCUUGUUAUUUUGCCAAAUUUUGCUGCAUGACACUGAAUUUAAGGUUCUGUAACAAUGUAUAACAUUUUGGAUAUCCCAUGCCAGUCUUUGAAUUUUAUUGUACUUUUUAUUUAUUUAUUUGCUUAUGUCUGAAAGUACAGGCUUUGGCUCAGUGCAGCAGGACACUCAUGGAAGCCAUUUGGCUUGUGGCAGUAGCCUCUUGUCAUAUAUGCGCGUGUUACUCAAGGCCAUAGCCAGUGCAUUUGGACAUAGCCUUAGAAUUAAGGCUUGUACUAAGUCUGGUGCUCGUGACAUCUCAGCUGUCCUCAAUGUGCUGAGUGCAUUGGGAACAACACAAAGAUUAUUGUCUUCAUCCUGUCACUGGGUAUCUGCUCACAAUCAUGCCAGACUGGAAGCAUUAUUGGAACCCUCUUUAAUGUCUGUCAAGUUUUUUUUAGCACAAAGCGUCCAGACAGGACAUUUUUAUCAGUUACUCUGUUUCUUUGAAUUUGCAUAAAUGUGUUUUUAUUUUAUCAAGCUGUUGUUGUCACAGGAUUAAACUUCAUCAUUUGGCAUAUUACGUCAAAAUUAAUGACAAUUAAGUAUGUUAGUUGGGUUUGCACAAACCAUUUUGUCAAUCAGUGAAUCUUUUAUGCAUGUCCAGAUAAAUACAAAAUAAAGUUGUCUCUGUCAAGAUAGUUACUGAA